AUGAACUCAGAAAUAAUUGAAGUGUGUUAACAUUAAAAAGACAAUAUUUUAGUCAAGUUGAAGAAUGGAGAAAAGAAAUGGUUUAAAUUUGAUGAGGUUCUUAAAUAAGAGCCUAAGAUGCUAGUAUAAUGGCUAGAAAAACAAGUAUUUUUCAGGGAGGUGGAAGAAGAUAAAUUAUAUUGA